AAAUUAGAAAACCGCGUUCUUUUUCGAAGUCUACUCAAGAGACCCAAAAAGUAGUCAGUUGUGUCGUGAAUCUUAAGCUAGUAGGAUCAUAUUCAAUAUCUUCUUCCUCUCCAAGCUAAGAUUUUGGUCAAAAUGAGUGGCUAUAACGUAUUAAUUUUGAGAAAAUUAAUUGUUUUUGCGAGUAUUAGUGUUAUUUUUUAUUUUUUUCUGACCAACGCUUCAGCUGCGGUCAUCCCCGAAAUACAGAAUAGUGAUGUAACAAAGAACUGUCUGAAUAAAGAUUGUAACGAAUUUCACUUAAAACUCACUAAACAAAUUAAUAAAACGCUGGACAUAAAUAUAAAUCCUUGUGAGAACAUUCAACAGUUUGUUUGCGGUCACUCUAAAAUCAAGAGCUUUUCAGAAAAAGAGGAACUGACCAAUGAUAUUGUUAACAAACGCGUGGAAAGUUUGGUGGCGCGGUCAGGUGAUUUCGCCGUCUUCAGACCCUUUAAACUUAUCUACGAUCUUUACAGAACAUGCAUGAGCUACGAAAAAACUGGUCAGCAAUCUUUGGAUCUUCUGCGUGAUAUUAUUAAAAAACUAGGCAACUGGCCUUUUUUGGAAGGAGACAAUUGGAAGGAAUCAGAUUUCGAUUGGACUGACUUCUAUAUACAGUCCAAAAACAUCGGAUUACAUCCAUUCAAUAUUUUGACUGUGGUAACCUCACUGGAUAAACACAGUGAUGAUAAACCAACACGUUAUUUAUUAGAAAUCAAUCUUGGUGAAUUCAAACAUUCAGCUCCGUCGGAAACUUUAAUCGCUGCUUACAAAAAUUAUAUUGCUAAAGUGUCUGAAUUACUAGGAAACACACAAACAUCGGAAGAAAUCGAUCAAAUCGUUGCAUUCGAACUCCAGCUUUCAAAAUUCGAUAAUAAAAAGUCAGUAGCAUUAUCAUUCAAGAGAUUCACAGAAGAAUAUCCAUCAAUGAAUUGGGAAAAAUAUAUUAAUGAUCAAAUUGGUGGCUAUGAAACUCCACUGAAUCCUUUAAAAUCCAUAAUCGUGCUACCCUCAGACUUUUCUGACUUUGUCGAGCUCAUGGAAAAAACUCCGAAACGAGUCCAAGCAAAUUUCGCCUUAUGGAAAAUAAUUCAAGAAACAAUUCCUUAUCUGACGGAAGAAUAUCGUGAGCUAGAACACGAAUACUGUUUGACUCAGAAAUGCAAGAUCGAGAAGCGAGGGCCCUCUUGCGUUGGCGUCGUCAAUCGAUACCUAUCACCCGCUCUUGAAUUAUUUUUCGCUACAAAUUUUUACAGCUAUAACACUGACGCGAUUGUUACAGAGAUGGUAGAAAACAUAAGAGAACAAUUGGUGAAUUGGAUACAUGAGUCAACUUGGAUGAGCAAAGAAACUAAAAAUAAAGGAAUUGAGAUCAUUGGAAAUAUGUCAUUUGUAAUUGGUAAUGACAAUAAAGAUAUUGGCGAUGAUAGUAUCUUUGAAAUGUAUUACGAAAGUUUAGAAAUAGACACGAACAAUUAUUUACAGACAUUAUUAAAUUUAAAAUUGUUUAACCAAAACUUAAAUUUCUAUGAUUUUGUAACUUCGAACCGUCACCGCUAUUUAUCUGGAGUAAUCUAUGUGCCAAUGUCAAUGCUUCAAGAACCAUUCUUCAGUAUUAAGUAUCCAAUGUAUGUAAAUUACGGUUACACUGGUAAAGCCAUUGCAGAUGAAAUGGUUGACAUGAUUGUUUCCCGGGGGAUAAACGGUCUUAGUAACGAUGAUUUGCGUAAAAUUUAUUAUACCAAAGGAGCAUGUUUCGAACAACAAAUGACGAAUUAUACUUCUAAUAACGUAGAACAUCCGAUGAACGAAUUGUUUUUCCCUCAAGUACAAAUCGGCGAACAUAUCGCUUACAAAGCAACAUAUCGAGCCUACCAAAAAUGGCUCAACAAAAAUGGAAUUGAAGCCCCGCUACCCGGAUUACCCUUCUUAAAUAAUCAGUUGUUCUGGAUUAAUUCAAUUCGUAAUUCCUGUAUUUCUUCUCCAAAAAAAUCCAAAGUUAUCGACAAUAAGUAUUCAAUUUUCGACUUUUAUAAAAUGAGAGCUGUAACUAAUUUCCCAGAAUUUUAUAAAGAUUUCAAUUGUCCAACUGAUGGUUCAUUUGUUAAAAAUUAUGGACCUGCGUGCACUUUCUAAUAAGUUUUAUAAUAAUUAUUGUAUAAUCAACAAAAUUGAUAUUUAAUC